AUGCCGCCUAAAAAUGAAAGUUGCAAUCACUGUAAAGAGGGGGGGAGUUUUUCAGCCUAUACCUUUGUUCAUUCACAGUGCUAUGAAAGGUCUACUGUUUAUCAGUGCACAGAGUCCAAUCAAACUUUCUGGACUGGUAUAUCCUUAGGAAAUAACGCGGGAUAUGUAUGCCCUGUCAAAGCAGGAAAACCCUUUUGUUGGACUCUGCAAACCCACUGGGGGAUGACAGAUGGUGGGGGUGUGCAAGACCACGCACGAAAGCAGGAAGUUCAGAGGGUUUUUGAACAAGUUGCCCAAACACAGGAUCGGUGGUUCAAGCCGAUACACAUCCCAGGCCCGGUGGGUUCCCUUAAAUUGGAAAAGACAGUACAGGCCAUGUUAGACUCAGCCCUACAAUUUUUAAACAAGACCAACCCAACCCUGGCCAGCGAUUGCUGGUUAUGUCUAAGAGAAGGACCCCCCCGUUACACAGCGAUCCCUGCUGUGUACAACUGGAUUAAUUGGACAAACCUAAAGGGCCCAACCCAUACGUGUAACCAGACCUUGCCCAUCAAUAAUGUCAAGCUCUCCCCAACAGUUGCUCAGAUGCCAUGCCUUAGUCACAAUGGGACCUUAAGAGUGGGUCAAGUAAAUAAGGUACUCUGCAGUUCAGUAGUCAGUGCAACUAAGGCGCCCAGUUUUAAUGGCUCUGCCUCUAUGUGCCCGCCGGCACUGGGCACUAUUUUCUUCUGUGGCACCACAGCCUACCCCGUACUCCCUGCUAACUGGUCGGGCUUGUGCAUUUUAACAUAUCUCAUGCCCGAUGUGGGAGUGGUCCCAGGCAACCAAAGCCUUCCCAUACAGCUCAUCCAGUCUGUGCCUGCCGGACAUAAGCGGGCCAUAAUUACCCCACUACUGCUCGGCCUGGGGGUGGCAGCCGAAGUGGGGACCGGAGUUGCUGGAAUUGGGACCUCUGUUAACCUUUACCAAAAAAUUUCAGCUCAGCUGGUGGGGGACAUUGGGCGGCUAGCAGAUACAACCUUAGAGUUACAGUCUCAGUUAGACUCUUUGGCCGCGGUGGUCCUGCAAAACCGCCGCGGGCUAGAUCUUCUCACAGCAAAGAAAGGAGGCAUCUGUCUCUACCUGCGGGAAGAAUGUUGCUUCUAUGCUAACAAGUCAGGAAUAGUUAGAAAUAAAAUUAAGCAAUUACAAGAGGAACUAAAACACCGGAGAAAAAAGCUAGAAGACAACAAUGCAUUUCUUUGGGAAGGCUUAGGAGAAUGGCUGCCCUAUCUCUUGCCUCUUCUGGGCCCAGUCGUUACCCUCUUCUUAAUUCUGUCUAUCGGGCCCUGUGUCAUUAAUCGACUCGUGGCCUUUAUUAAACAACGGGUAAACACGGUCCAGUUAAUGGUGCUGCGCUCCCAAUAUGCCCCCUUACGCCAAUAUAACUCUCCCCAACAACCCCUAAAACAGGACCCCUCCCAAUACAUAGGAGUGGAGCCCUGA